AUGAAAUCCGGGGCCUCGAAAGCAUUGGAAUCUUUACCGAGGUGCUCGGGUGCUGCCGGAUUUCCGGGAAACGGGCAAUUCUCCACGGGAAGGGGCCAGCACACCAUCCCAUCCUGCCGGGCGAAACGGGCGCCCCCCACUUGGGAGGGAUCAGCUGGCACAGGUUCUUCCGCCUUUAAAAAACUCCGAAAACGAGAUUGCAGUAAUUUCGGCACGGUCACACGACCCAUAUGUCACAGCGCUGGUGCCCGAGGCGCAUCGCACAGCCAGGCGUAUGUGGACCCAUCCGGCUUGGGAAUAAAGGGCGUAUAUAAUGCGAAGAUUCUGCGACUUCGCGGCAAGGCGCAAUUUAGAGGCUUGGGGGGAAAACGUUCCCCUUUUUAUAGUAAGUUUAAAACUGGUCAAAAGCAGUGCGGUGCAAUACGCAAGAAUUUUGUUUGCCUUGCUGGCCUCAGGGGGGUCACCAGCCCAGAUGUUUUUGGCCGGUUUUCAAAGAAAGGCGGCCGCAAGCCCCAUAAAACAGGCCCGCCCCAUGGGGAGAUGGGAAUUGGAUCUCAUCAGCGAUUUGUUGACCUCAAAAAACGACCAGGUAGCCCUAUGGCUCGCCGGGGUCAAAGCCAGUUGGUGGGGCGAAAUCGCCCUACUCCGGAAGGAGAAUUUCAUUCCCCACCCUCAAAACAAGGAAGCCCCCAUUGUAGAUUGGGAAGCCCUCCCAAAGACAUUCGAAAUCGACUCCCACGGAGUGGUGCAGAACGCGGUUAUCGGGGGGAAGGUGCAAAAAGGGCGAGAGGCGUUACCAAGGGAAUGGUGGAUGGGGAACUGCUCACAACGCCAACCGCAAAAGGCAUGGAAAAUGUACUCCGCCCAUUCGGCAUGACAGCGCAUUCCAUCAAAAGAGAGGCACUGGCGCAUGCAGUCGCAGCGGUGAUCGAACACGAUCUCGGCCCCCGACUGCUGGCUCAGCUGGGGAAACACGCAGGCCCCCUAGAGCCGCCACGCAGCACAGCUCGCUACANACGAUCUCGGCCCCCGACUGCUGGCUCAGCUGGGGAAACACGCAGGCCCCCUAGAGCCGCCACGCAGCACAGCUCGCUACAUAAGGCGUUUGGUGGCCCUGGUAAAGAAAUUGGCACACCUGACGACAUAUAUUUAGACGGGGUCGGCAAAUAG